GUUUGGUUGCCGGGAGAUUUGGUCGGGGUUGGAAAUUCCCGGCUUCAGAAACUUGUGAUACUUAUAUUAGGCAGUCGGAGCUCUCACAUCAUCAGUCUAGUUUCAUCUACUCUAGGAUGAGAACUCUUCUACUUGUUCCCCUCCUGGGACUUUGUUCUACUACCCCUCAGGAUCUGGAUCCUGAAAUUGUUUCUGGAAUAUUUGGAGAUUUACCCCGUGCCGGUGCUUCAGGUUAUGGUGUACAAGAUGAUGGAAACGCUAAAAAUACCAAUAAUCCCUCCGCUGGGACAAUCAAUGCUGUUGUACAAAUUGUCAAAGACACCCCUGCUGAUUAUGUUGAAGAGACUUCUUCUUACACAGAAGGAAUUAAUAAGGCCGUAGUUGAAGUCAACACAGAUUUUAAAAACUGCGCUGAGUACACAGAGAGCCUUGGAUAUGAAUGUGUACCCUAUUAUCAGUGUAGCAAUGGUAGCAUAAUCACUGAUGGAGAAGGUCUUAUUGAUGUUAGAGGAGGGUUUGGAAACUUAAACCCUACUGAUAGCAAAUGUCCUGGUUUCCUUGACGUAUGUUGCAAGGAUCCUGAUUUUAUUCCUCCUCCACCACCUAGAAUAAUCUAUCAACCCAAGUGUGGAAGAAGAAAUGAUGCUGGAGUUGGAGCAAGGAUUCAGGGGUUCACUGAGGGAGAAUCUCAGUUUGGAGAAUGGCCACAUAUGUGUGCUGUCUUACAUGACAAAUUAAGUUUAACUGGAGAAUCUACAAACCUGUACAAGUGUGGAGGAUCCCUUAUUGCUCCAGGUGUUCUCAUUACUGCUGCUCAUUGUAUCAAAGACUUUGUUAAUAGUCCAACCUCACUUAAGAUUCGAUGUGGAGAAUGGGAUACUCAAAAGCAGUCUGAACCUUACAAACACCAAGAUAGAAUUGGUAAAAUAGUUCAAAUUCAUCCUGAAUUUGAUCCCAGAAACUUGGCCAAUGACUUUGCACUUGUGUUCCUGAACCAGGACUUUAUUCUAGACUACCACAUUGACACUGUGUGCUUACCUCAACCAAAUGAGCAGUAUGAUGGUCAAGUAUGCUAUGCCACUGGAUGGGGAAAAGAUAAGUUUGGUGCUGAUGGAGUUUAUCAAGUUGUUCUGAAAGAAGUUGACCUCAGGGUUGUGAAUAAAAUUGAAUGUCAGGAUAAGCUUAGACUGACCCGUCUUGGAAAAAAGUUUCAACUUCAUGAUUCGUUCAUGUGUGCUGGAGGUUCCAAAGGCAAGGAUACAUGCAAGGGAGAUGGAGGAAGUCCUCUUGUCUGCUCCAGAAAAUCUGAUCCAAACACCUAUGACCAGGCUGGAAUUGUUGCCUGGGGUAUUGGCUGUGGUCAAGAUGGAACACCUGGUGUUUAUGCGGAUGUCAGCAAAGCUGUCUGCUGGAUUGACUAUGCCAUGACCUGCCAAUUUGGAAAAACUACUGGAGACUUUAACUCCUACUUUGGAAAUACAAGACAGGCAUGCGGAGCAUGGUUUGAUGCUAAAAUGAAUAAACUGAGGCAGCAAUACCAGGAGUGUCAGGUCAACUGGUUAAAUCCGGGAAAAGAGGCCAUCAAUCAGGGUGGUGAGGGUUCUUAUGUUGACUUGCAAAAUUUUGAGAGAGGAGGUGGAAGCUAUUCAGCAGCAAACACAGCCGAUGUUGUAAAAGCAGCUGAUGGAUAUGUUGAUCCAACUAAAUCAUCUGAUGGUGGUUAUGUUGACCCUGAACAAUUGUCUGCUGGUUAUAUUGAUCCUGCCAAAUCUGCUGAAGGGUAUGUUGACCCUGUCAAAUCUGCUGAAGGAUAUGUUGAUCCUACAAAGUCUGCUGAUAGCUAUGUAGAUCCUACAAAAUCUGCUGCGGAUCACAGUUCUGACAAAACAAAUGAGAGUUUGAACAAUAAUCCUGCUGACUAUGUUCUGGAAACUGAUUUUGAAAAGUCCAAUGUAGAAGUCAACACAGAUUUUGAAAACUGCGCUGAGUACACAGAGAGCCUUGGAUAUGAAUGUGUACCCUAUUAUCAGUGUAGCAAUGGUAGCAUAAUCACUGAUGGAGAAGGUCUUAUUGAUGUUAGAGGAGGGUUUGGAAACUUAAACCCUACUGAUAGCAAAUGUCCUGGUUUCCUUGAUGUAUGUUGCAAGGAUCCUGAUUUUAUUCCUCCUCCUCCACCUAGAAUAAUCUAUCAGCCUAAGUGUGGAAGAAGAAAUGUAGCUGGAGUUGGAGCUAGGAUUCAGGGGUUCACUGAGGGAGAAUCUCAGUUUGGAGAAUGGCCUCACAUGUGUGCUGUAUUGAUUGUUGAAGAACUUGCCGAAGGUGUAACUGGGAAUCUGUACAAAUGUGGGGGGUCCCUAAUAUCUCCUGGAGUUAUUCUUACUGGUGCUCAUUGCGUUGAUGAAUAUAAAGAUAAACCAACUAGUUUAAAAGUAAGAUGUGGAGAAUGGGACACUCAACGAGAGUCAGAGCCCUACCCACACCAAGAUAGAGUAGGAAAAAUUGUCAAAAUUCAUCCAGAGUUUAUUCCCAAAAAUCUCUUUAAUGAUUUUGCACUGAUAUUUCUUGAAUCUGAGUUUAAUCUUAACUUCCAUGUUGACACAGUCUGUUUACCAGAACUUUAUGAGAACUAUAACUUUGAGACCUGCUUUGCAACAGGUUGGGGAAAAGAUCAAUUUUCAGCUGAAGGGGAAUAUCAAGUUGUAUUAAAAGAAAUUGAUCUUGGCAUAGUUAACAACAUUGAUUGUCAGGAACAGUUAAGACAAACCCGUCUUGGAGAAAAUUUUGUGUUGGACGAAUCAUUUAUGUGUGCUGGUGGGGCUGUUGGGAAGGAUACCUGUGAAGGAGAUGGAGGAAGUCCACUUGUGUGUCCUAGAAAGAUGGAUCCUGAAAGAUAUGAUCAGGUUGGAAUAGUUGCCUGGGGUAUUGGGUGUGGAGAGACGGACAUUCCAGGAGUCUAUGCUAGUGUAAGUAAAGCAGUUUGCUGGAUAGAUUAUGCUGUAACUUGUCAAAAUGGUAAUUCUAACGGAGAUUUUAAUUCCUUCUUUGGAAAUACACAAGAUCAGUGUGGAGAUUGGUUUAACAAGAAGUUUGAUGAACUAGACUCUAAGAUUGAGGGGGCAAACCCAGCCUUAGCAAAUGUUUUCUCAAAUAUCCGACAACAGUAUCAAGAGUGUGAUGUUUUCUGGAACCCAACCAAAGACCACUUAGGCUCAGAUUCAGGGAUUGGAGUAGGGAAAGAUGCAGGCUCUCCUGUUCAGGAAAAUGGAGGAGAUGAAGAUGAAACUGAUUCAAAUCCGUAUUAACCACUUAAUCAAAAUAAUUUAAGAAAACUUUCCACAUGUAUUGUAAAAACUGCCCAAUAAAAAUCCAGACAAUAUUAA